AUGCCGCAACCCGCAAAGAAGCUUAAGGCCUCUGACCUCAAAGCCUUUGAGUUCGCCGCCGCAGGACAUGAGGGCGUCCUCUCCGACGAAUCCGGCACGCUAGUCGUCAAGCCAUGCACGGCGCGCGAAGUAGCCUUCUACGAAGCGGCCAUGUCGCACCCCGAGUUCGCCUUUUGGAUGCCGACCUUCUUUGGCACGCUUUCCCCGGACGACUCUGUUACUGCUGCCGUCGAGGCUGCGACCACCGGCACGCCUGUGGCACCCGUCGCGCACACCCGCCAGUCCUCGCUCGUCCUCCAGAAUCUAACGUAUGGCUUUGAGAAGCCGUGCGUGCUCGACGUCAAGCUGGGCGCGCAGCUGUGGGAUGAGUUCGCGCCGCAGGCCAAGCGCGAUCGUCUCGAUGCCGUCAGCGAUGCGACUACGUCGAGGAGUAUGGGAUUCCGUGUGGCCGGGAUGAAGGUGUGGAAGGGUGAGGAGGAAGGCUACAAGGUCUACGAUAAAACCUACGGAAGGGUCUUCACCGCCGAAAACGUUAUCGACGCUAUCAAGGAGUACUUCGCGUCCGGACUCGAGCCCGGGCAGGUCAAGAUCGUGGCGAAGCGGUUUUUGGAGAAGGUGACGGAGAUCAGGGAGGUGCUGGAGGGACAGGAGAGCAGGAUGUACUCGGCUAGCUUGUUGUUCGUAUUCGAGGGCGACAGCAAGGCGUUCCAGCAGGCGCUCGAGGACGAGAAGAACCGCAAGCCGCAAGCCGAGGACGAGGAUGAGGAUGAGGAUGAGGAGGAGGAGCAGGACAUCAAGAAGGUGGAAGGACUCAAGCUCAUCGACUUCGCUCACGCCGACUGGACUCCCGGUCAAGGACCUGACGAGAACGCGCUGCAGGGAGUGAGGAGCAUGGAGAAACUGCUGGCGCAGCUUGCGUAG